GAGGGGGGAAACGGGCCAAGAAGACAAUCCGGAGAGGUCUCUACUCGGACAGGGCAGGAAGGAAAACAUGGCUGCGCUCGCUCGACGUAUCUCUUCGCUGCGGCUCACGCCGAAUUUCAUCUAUCGCUCGGUUCUGCAGCCCGCCUGUGUUGGCUGCCUUCACACGCUUUCCUCCAGGGUUCACAUCCACAAGAGGACGGUAAUACCUCAAAAUGUAGCACUGUCUCCUCAGACCUUGAGACUUCUCAGGGCACUCCGUUUCUAUUCAACCAAGACACUCUCAAGGGGUGAAAUUCAAGACAGGGUGUUGAAUGUUUGCAAGAACUUUGACAAGAUAACUGCAGAUAAGGGAAGGAGUUGUGCCCAACCGAUUCGCUUCUACAGUGAAAAAGCACCUCUGAGCCUGGAGAUGAUCCGAGACAGGGUCUUACUUGUUCUCAAGUUAUAUGAUAAACUUGUCCCUGAGAAGUUGAGUUUGGAAUCACAUUUCAUGAAUGACUUGGGGCUGGACAGCUUGGAUCAUGUGGAAGUCAUUAUGGCCAUAGAGGAUGAGUUUGGUUUUGAAAUCCCUGAUGGUGAUGCUGAGAAACUGAUGACACCUGCUGCUAUUGUGCAGUACAUAGCAGACAAAGAAGAUGUGUAUGAAUAGUGGUAGUUACCACAAUGGUGCUCAUGAACAACAUUUGUGCAUUCAUGGAAGGCAGUGCACCAUUGACAGGAGAGAUGCAAAUCACGUCAGAGUUAUGAGGAGAUACGACAAGACGAGAGACUUGCAUCCCAUCCUCCUUAGAUGUUCUCGUGCCAGUCUGGUACCCGUGUUACUCUUAGGUGGCAAUCAUCAAAUGGAUCUUCUGUAGUGGUAUUAUGGUUUGGUCAUUUUCAUUUCACAGAUCAGAGGUACCCUUCAUCAUCUGUGAAGUAACUCAGGCAAUGUGGUCUGCCCCACCAUGCUUUUGUUGGGCAGAUGUGGCAAAAAUGAAAUAAGUGCAAUUAUGAAUUCCAUGAAUGAACACAAAAUGAUCAUUCUGACUGUGAGCAGGAGAGUAAAUAAAGAUAGAAAGUCCAUGCUCUCUGGUAGAGGUGCAACAUUAUUCUAUAGAUAAUUUGGGAUCUACCCGACUCCUAAAAUUAUCAGCAUACUUAUCAAUAUACAGAUGUAGGUGUGCCAUCUAGUUCAUGAUUGCAUUUGGAUAGUUUCAAAGUGUUAAGUGAACCAUUUAAAAUAUGCCAGAAGUCCCAACUGCUAUUUACCAUUAAGUAUCUUGCAGAGUCACAUGCCUUACAAGAAUCAGCCUUUUAUGCAUCAGAAUUUCAUUUGAAGUACCUGCACUUCAGCAUGUCAAAAGUUGACAUUCAGAAUAUUGGC